CGUCCAUUUGAACAGCACUCUGUUUUAUCUUCUUUCGUUAAGCAGGAUACAAAGAUAAAACAGAGCAUAAUUUAAACGAUUAUAUUAUAAAGUAUGUGACAACAUCGAUAAGUUCAAUGCAGUGCUGGUGAAAAGAAGGAUAUGAGGAUGGUGACUGGUGAAUAUAUAAAACAGCAACAUUCCCCGAACCAUGUUGAAAUUUCUAUUCCCACUCCAACGAAACAUGAGGUCUUGCUAAAAUUAGAAGCUGCAAGCAUUAAUCCAGUUGAUUGGAAGAUGCAGAAAGGCGAGCUGCGGCCAUUUUUACCCUUCCAUUUUCCUAAUAUACCAUUGACAGAUGUGGCAGGAGAGGUGGUUGAGACCGGAGCUGGGGUAAAAAACUUCAAAGCAGGUGAUAAAGUUGUGGCGAUGCUCAGCAUUUUUGGCAGAGGUGGUGGUUUAGCUGAGUAUGCUGUGGCGAAUAAAAAUCUGACAGUUUUUAGGCCACCUGAAGUAUCUGCUGCAGAAGGUGCUGGCUUACCUAUUGCAGGUCUUACUGCCCAUCAGGCUCUCACCUACUCUGCUGGAAUAAAGCUUGAUGCGAGUGGUCCGCUAGCCAAUAUUCUUAUUACGGCUGCCUCAGGAGGCGUUGGAUUGUAUGCUCUUCAGCUUGCAAAGCUUGGGAACACACACGUGACAGCCACUUGUGGUGCUCGUAACAUGGAUCUGGUCAAGACUCUGGGUGCUGAUGAGGUUCUAGACUACAAGACGGCAGAUGGAGCAGCUCUGAAAAGUCCGUCAGGCCUGAAAUAUGAUGUUGUGAUCCACUGUGCCGCAGGUAUUCCUUGGUCUACUUUCGAGCCCCAACUGAGCUCUAAGGGGAAGGUUAUUGACGUCACACCUGGUCCUGCCACCAUGUGGAGAUUCUUUAGGGGCAAAAUAACUUUCUCCAGGAAGCAAAUAGUGCCUCUGCUUCUAAUCCCCAAGGGGAAAAACCUGGCGUACCUUGUAAAGUUGGUCAAGGAAGGGAAGCUUAAAACUGUAGUAGACUCUAGGCAUCCAUUAAACAAGGCUGAGGAUGCUUGGGCUAAGAGCAUCGAUGGCCAUGCUACGGGCAAAAUAAUCGUGGAACCCUAACAAUCAACAGGCUGUUUUCUGUGUUCGUAUCAGGAUUUACAUCGCUGCUAUAAACGAACGAUCACUAGAUCUCUACUUGUGUCUUGCCUUUUAUCUUGUUGCUAAAACUGAAUCACUUCUUUAAUAUCACAAAUCCAAUCCAGUUGAUCUGUGUUCUUACAAA